AUGGUAAUCGUUGCUGGGAAAAAGGUCCGUAUUGUGAAGAAGAAAAUCACAAAGUUUAAGCGCCAUGAGUCCGACAGAUACCACCGCCUGAAGCCCAACUGGCGUAGACCUAAGGGUAUUGAUAACCGUGUCCGCAGACGUUUCCGCGGUAUGCGCGCUAUGCCAAACGUUGGUUACGGAUCUGACAAGAGAACUAGAUUCGUUCUUCCUUCUGGAUUCAAGAAGGUUGUUAUCAGAAAUGUCAAGGAUCUUGAUAUGCUUUUGAUGCAAUCCUACAAGUACGCUGGAGAGGUUGCCCAUGCCACUUCCGCUAAGACCCGUAAGGCUAUUGUCGAGAGAGCCGCUCAGUUAAACAUCAAGCUUACAAACGGACACGCUCGUAUCCGUACUGAGGAGAACGAGUAA